UUUCCAUGGUGGAAGGAACCGCCCUCACUGCUACCAACAUUUUUGCCAAGGAAGGAGAACUAAUAAAAAAAUCGAAAACAAUUAGGGAGUCGCCAUUAAUGGCGACAUCGAAGAGCCAAGGUGCUUCAGUUCCGAGUUCGGAAAAGAUGAGCCCCAGAGUUUGGCUCUACUCGAUUCUGCUUACUCUUCAAUACGGAGCACAGCCCUUGAUAUCGAAGCGCGUCAUCAGACGAGAAGUAAUUGUGACAUCAUCUGUCCUAACCUGUGAGCUUGUAAAAGUACUAUCCGCACUUAUUCUCAUGGCAAAAGAUGGUAGUUUGAAGAAGUUAUUUAGUGAGUGGACUUUGGUUGGUUCAUUGACUGCCUCUGGACUUCCUGCAGCUAUUUAUGCACUGCAAAACAGUUUGCUCCAGAUAUCUUACAAGAAUCUUGAUUCACUUACGUUUUCAAUGCUGAACCAGACAAAAAUAAUUUUCACCGCUUUGUUCACAUAUAUAAUUUUGAGGCGAAGGCAAUCAAUUCAGCAAAUUGGGGCCUUGUUCUUGUUGAUCAUGGCAGCAGUCCUUCUGAGCAUUGGUGAAGGAUCAACUAAGGGUUCCAGUAGUGGAAAUGCUGAUCGAAUUCUAUUUUACGGAAUUAUUCCUGUAUUAGUAGCAUCUGUACUCUCAGGUCUGGCUUCAGCUUUAUGUCAAUGGGCUUCUCAGGUUAAAAAACACUCCUCAUACUUGAUGACUGUUGAAAUGUCGAUUGUUGGAAGCUUGUGCUUGUUGGCUAGUACUUCGAAGUCUCCAGAUGGAGAAGCUAUUAGACAACAUGGAUUUUUUUAUGGUUGGACUCCGCUAACUCUGAUCCCAGUUGUAUCUAAUGCUCUUGGUGGAAUCCUUGUUGGCCUAGUUACAAGCCAUGCUGGUGGUGUUAGAAAGGGAUUUAUCAUUGUCUCAGCACUUCUGGUAACAGCCUUGCUGCAGUUUGUUUUUGAAGGAAAACCGCCAUCGGUGUAUUGUCUUUUGGCUCUUCCGCUUGUCAUUAGUAGUACUUCUAUAUACCAGACGUAUCCAUAUCAAGUGAAAAAGAAGGAGGCCUGAUCCUCACUUGUUGUAACAUUAUAUUGGGAUGACAAUGGAAGCCCCAAGUAGUGCAGUUUUCAUUGUAAGCGUUACUUGGACCAAGUUGUAGAGGGGUUGAGAGUUAGAUUGACGGAACAUUUUUUGCAAAUGUAGUCAUACCUACCAAUUUAGGGAAAUUGAAAAUACAUGCCUUGUAUUGCUUUCUUAAAACUCUUAGUUGUAUUCGAACUGUGUAUUGUUUUGGAUCAAAUUUGGGCAUUGUUUGGUCUUCGAACUCUGAAAUGAUUGGAAUCUAUUUGGAGUUCUUAA